AUGGAUCCGUAUCGCAUCUUCUACAUGUUCCCCAACAUAGCCGACAUCCUCGAUUCCGCACCCAUUACGCUCCGCACCUCCGCACCAGGUACUCCUGCAUUGGAGACAAUGGCUAGCGACACGAUCACACACAUCGUGCUCUUCAAAUACCGCCAGGAUAUAUCAUGGAUGGACCUAGAAAGCCACUUUAAGUCGUUUAUGGCCCUACAACACAAGUCGCUGAAUCCUAACACCGGCAAGUCGCUCAUACAGUCGCUAAAAUCUGGCAAAAACAGAUCGUGGGAACCUUUCUCCAAAGGCAUGACGCAUGGUUUCGUGCUAGAGUUUGCGAACCAGGAAGAUUUGGACUAUUAUCUCACCACUGAGCCUGUUCACAAGGCCUUCUCUAAAGCCGCGAAGCCGCUGAUCGAGGAUAGCUUAGUCGUCGAUAUCAAAGACGGGGUGCUGUUCGGCUCUGCGGCUGAACAUCCAUCAGCGAAAGGAGAUGGGGUCAGGAAGGGUACAUGCCAUUGCGAAAGUGUAAAAUGGACCGCGAAGCUCGAAAAUGCUGAGCACGUGCUUUGUCAUUGCUCAACAUGCCAGAAGCUUGGUGGUGGACCGUACUCGUGCAAUCAGAUCAUACCGAAAGAGGAACUGCAGAUCGUCUCCGGCGAGGAAAACAUCAGGCAGUAUCGGUACAAAGGUGCUAGUGGUAUGUUCGCUUUGUGUCGGUGA